AUGGCUGGCCCUACUCCUCUACACGGCAUCAAGGUCCUGGAGUUUGCCGGCCUUGCCCCAGGCCCCUUUGCCGGCAUGCUCCUCGCCGACGGAGGCGCCUCAGUCCUCCGCAUCGACCGGGCUCAGGGCACGUCAGCCCGCGCCGUCCCGACGGAGGACAUGCUCGCCCGGCACAAGGCCUCCAUCACCGUGGACCUCAAGUCCCCGCGUGGUGUCGCCCUCGUCAAGCGCCUCGCUUCACAGGCAGACGUCAUCAUUGACCCUUUCCGCCCAGGUGUUCUUGAGAAGCUCGGUCUCGGACCUGAUGAGCUCUGCGCCCUGAACCCGAAGCUGAUCUAUGGCCGCAUGACGGGGUUUCGUCGGGAUGGAAAGUAUGCCCUCAUGGCCGGUCACGACAUCAACUAUCUCGCCGUCUCGGGCGUUCUAGGCAUGCUAGGUCGCGAGGGGGAGAAGCCACAUCCGCCGUGGAACAUCCUGGCCGACUUUGCCGGCGGCGGCGCAGUGCUGUUCCAAGGAGUAUUAAUGGCCAUUAUUGCAAGGCAUUCUUCGGGACGCGGUCAAGUUGUCGAGGCAAACAUGGUUGAUGGAAGUGCUUAUCUGGCAACCUUUCCUAGGAUGGCGCUCAAGACGCCGCUGGGGGAACGGGGUCGUGGGAGAAAUCUACUCGACGGAGGUUGUCCCUGGUACGAUACAUAUGAGACUUCAGAUGGCAAGUACAUGUCAGUUGGAGCUUUGGAGCCGCAGUUCUUUGCGGCUCUGGUCAAGGGGUUGGAUCUCACAGGCCAAGGAUGGGAGUCGAAGCGACACGACACGAGUCUCUGGCCCGAACUUGAAAGGCUGAUGAGAGAAAGGUUCAAGACCAAGAGCCGCGCAGAGUGGGAGGCUAUAUUUGACGGCACAGAUGCAUGUUGCACUCCUGUGUUGGAGUACAGCGAACUGGAGUCAGAUCCCAGGCGUGAGGGUGAUCAACGGCCAGCGGUGACGCUGCGAGAGACGCCCUGUCUUGCUGUCAAAGAAGAAGUUGGGCAUACAGAUGCGGCCAAGUUUGGGCAGGGCCCAGGGGUUCCAGGGGAAGGCUAUGCGCCAAAGUUCGUCACACCGGGAGAGGGAGGCGAGGACACCCUGAGAGGAUGGAUGGGAUGGGAGAGUGGGAGGGAGUAUGAGCUGCAUGAGGGAGGAUUGGUGCUGAAGGAGACAUCAAAACUAUGA